CCCGGAGCGGGGCCGUGGCACAGCGCUCGCCCUGAGCCCGGCACGGCGCAGCGCUCGCCCUGAGCCCCGGGCGCUGCCCCGAGCCCGGCAUGGCCCUGCGGCGGCUCCUGCAGCCCAGCUCCAGCUCCAGCUCCUGCGAGGAGCCGGCGCUGCCCGCGGACGGCAGGAGGAUGCAGCACCUGGCCAGCACGGUGGGCACGCUGCCCCGCGGGCGCAGGCAGCUCCCCCUGGCCAGAUCCAGCUCCUUGGGCGACCCCUCCAAGCCGCAGAGGAACCUCGUUGCUAUACUGAAAGAAGAUAAAGAGACAUUUGGGUUUGAAAUCCAGACCAUUAGGUUCCCACACCAGAAUGAUUUCUCCCUGGAGGUGUGCACCUGUGUCUGCAGAAUCCAAGAGGAGAGCCCUGCCCACCUCUCCGGCCUCCAGACUGGUGACAUCCUCAGCAGCAUCAACGGCGUGAACAUCGAGGGCUUCGGGCACAAGCAAAUAGUGGAGUUGAUAAAGUCUUCAGGGAACUACUUGAGGUUGGAGACUGUCAACGGGGCCUUGUUCCUGAGGAAAAUGGAGCUGGAGACCAAACUGCAGGCUCUCAAGGCGCUGCACCAGCGGUGGGGGGAGCUGCGGGCGCUGCUGGCCCGGGAGCGGCUCCUGCUGCACGGGGAGGUGAACGACAACGCCCUGCUGGCUGCGCUGGAGCCGGGAGAGCCCAGCUCGGGCGGCGGCUGCAGCUCCCCGGGACCCUUCUCCCCAGGCCAGCCGCGCUUCUCCAGCGAGAGCAGCUCCCGCAGCCGCCUGAGCUCCAUGACGGUGGGCAGCGAGGACAGCUUCUACCAGGGCAGCGCCUUCGAGGACUGGGCUGCGGAGAGCCUGAGCCGGCAGUCCAGCGUGGACGAUGACUGUGUGUUCCCCAGGGACGGCCCCGCGGGCCGGGGCUCCGUGCGCCGGCACCGCAGCAUCAGCCUGGCCAGCAGCGGCUCCGCGUCCCCGCUCUGGGACAGCGGCGGCUGCUCCGGCAGCUUCGGCACCCUCCCGCGCAAGAGCCGCCGAGCCAGCGUUCGGAAGCACCUCUUGAAAUUCAUUCCGGGCUUUCACCGGGCGGUAGAAGAGGAAGAAAGCCGGGUCUGAUGUCGCAGUGCCGCCCUCGAUGCCCGGGCUCUGUGGCCUGAGGCUGCCCCGCGGGGACACACGGCGGCGGCACCGCAGGACGCUCCCCCAGACUACAGCUCUGAUCAGAGUCACAUGCCUCUGGGGUCCUAAUUAUUUUCAUUUUCAAUCAGAGCACGCUGCGGACCUCUUCAUUAACAUGAAAAAUGAGUGACUCCAAAAUGUGAAGAACCUUUGCAGAACUUCCUCAGCGAACUUUACUGUUAAUAACAGUUUUUAAUUGAAUGCGAAAUUGAUAGCUAUUUAUUUCCUGUUACCGGAGUCAGUGUCUUCCAAAGGUCUUCAAUAAAAUGAGUGCUUCUACUCAAA